UUCCUGUCACCGAAGCACGUAAUUGUGGUGACUGUUUGAGCCAAGACAAGCUUAUACUUUUACUAAACAUCAAUUCCAACGUAUUCACUAAAAAACCUAAUCAAAUCAAAAUACAGUAAUAAGUUAAACGCACGCAAAUUGAAAAUGGGCUUUUGCGAGUGAUGAAAAGUGAAAACGGAUAAUCGCGUUUGUGACUGAGGAAUGAGUUUCUUGCAGGGAAUUAUUGAUUCCAUAAACUCCAUCUUCGUCCCAGAUAAUAAUCACAACAUAGCAAAUUCUUCUUCUUCUUCUUCUUCUUCUUCUUCUUCUUCUUCAAAGGAUCCAAUGGAAGCUCCUCCUCCUUCCGUUUCGAACGAGCGCGUGGCUUACAAGCUGAAAGGCUACUUCGAUUUGGCGACGCAGGAGAUCGCGAAGGCCGUUAGGGCUGAGGAAUGGGGUUUGGCAAACGACGCGCUUCUUCACUACAGGAACGCGGAAUCCAUCCUUGUCGAAGCUAAUUCAACUCCAGUUCCUUCCUACAUCACAUCCAGUGAACAGCAGAAGGUGCAGUCAUAUCGUGAGAAGAUAUCCAAAUGGCAGAGUCAAGUUUCUGAGAGAUUGCAGACUCUCGCUAGACGAGCUGGUAGCUCAUCAGCCAAUCAGAGCACUGCUGCAAUACCGAUCAAGCCAUUGGGUACUAGAAAAAAUGUGUUACAAAAGGCCCCUCAAAGAACAGGUCAGGUGAAUAAAGUUGGAAGCCCAAAAUCGAGUCAAGCAUCUGGUAUAAAUUAUGAUACCAAACUAGUUGAAAUGAUUAACACUGCCAUAGUAGAUAGAAGUCCAUCUGUUAGAUGGGAAGAUGUUGCCGGGCUCGAAAAGGCAAAGCAAUCUUUAAUGGAGAUGGUUAUUUUGCCAACUAAGAGAAGAGACUUGUUUACGGGUCUUCGAAGGCCAGCCAGAGGUUUGCUUCUCUUUGGUCCACCUGGUAAUGGAAAAACCAUGCUUGCCAAAGCAGUGGCGUCAGAAUCACAAGCAACAUUUUUUAAUGUCACGGCAGCUUCCUUGACAUCAAAAUGGGUGGGUGAAGGUGAAAAGCUUGUCCGGACACUAUUCAUGGUAGCUAUAUCAAGACAGCCAUCAGUAAUUUUCAUUGAUGAGAUUGAUAGUAUAAUGUCAACAAGGUUGGCAAAUGAGAAUGAUGCCAGCAGACGAUUAAAAUCUGAAUUUCUUAUCCAGUUUGAUGGGGUGACCUCCAAUCCUGAUGAUAUUGUGAUUGUAAUUGGUGCGACAAAUAAGCCACAAGAAUUGGAUGAUGCAGUUCUUAGGAGACUGGUAAAGAGAAUAUACGUACCUUUACCAGAUGAAAAUGUUCGAAAGCUUCUGUUAAAACACAAGCUCAAGGGUCAAGCAUUCUCCUUACCUAGUAGAGAUCUAGAGAAUCUUGUAAAAGAGACAGAAGGAUAUUCUGGUAGUGAUCUGCAAGCCUUGUGUGAAGAAGCUGCAAUGAUGCCAAUUAGAGAGUUGGGUGCUGACAUUCUUACUGUUAAGGCUAAUCAGGUAAGAGGACUAAGGUACGAGGAUUUUAAGAAGGCAAUGGCUGUAAUUAGACCAAGCUUAAUCAAAAGUAAGUGGGAAGAGCUUGAGCGCUGGAAUGAGGAAUUUGGCUCUAAUUGAAGUCAUAUUAUUAAACUCCAUGUGCAUGAAAUUCGAAGAAAAUAAACCAAUGUAUUAGUGUGUACAUAACUUAAAUUAGACAAGACAUCAAGGUUAGUGGCUAUAAAAAUAGGUGCUGCUUAUUUUGUAAAUGGCUAUCCUAAAAUCCAAUUUAGUUGCUAGCCUCCACACCAUGGUUUCCACGUAGAAACCUUCAAAUGGCUGUCAUUAAUCAUUUUAACUUUUAUUCUCUGUACAUCUUUAAGAUUACAUUUUAACUUGUAUUCUUUGUACAUCUUUAAAAGUUUAUAAACAUGUCAGCAUAUGAAUUUUGAAGUUGAUAAUCAUAGUGUAGUGAUUUCUAUUUUUUACUGUUAUGUUUUAUCA